CACUUUGCCAUUCAACGAGUUAGUAGGUAGAGAACAGACGGUUCGAGAAAAGUCACAGGAUCAAAAUGGAUAAUGAUGUGCAUAUUCAAGUUGAAUCUGAAGGAAGAGCUUUUAUGAUUCCUGUUCCACCAGAAGGAUUUACAUUAACAGACCUUGGACAAGUUUUUCCUGGUGCAACUGGGUUACAAUACAAGGAUGAUGAUGGAAGCCCCCCCACGCUUGUCUUGAAGAGGGAAGAUACAUUUAGAACACCACUUAUGGGUUGGAAUGUACAGGGAAGGACCUAUCAAGUAAUCAAAGAAACCUCUUUAGAUGUUUUUGCUGGCUUUAGGGCAGAAAGAGAACAAAAUAGACGAACGUUCUUUAGAACAGAAAGACGUCCUGCCUUGCCAGGAACUGAGGCAGGUCCAAGCAGCAGACCAGCUUUUUCUACAAAAUCUGUAACUUUGGCUGUAGGGAUUGGUGAGAAAACUGGUGGUUUUUUUGUGCCAAUAUCUGCAAGAAACAAAAGAAAAGUAGGCGGAACAGUUAAUAUUACAGUUGAAGCAGCAACAGCAAAUGCAGGAGAAAUCACAAGCAAAGCAUUACAAAAAUUUGAAGAAACUAACUGCCGAUUUGACAAGAAUGAAAAGUGGAUACUUGCAUAUCCCGACGGAAGUCAAGUGGUUGAUCUACCAGAUAAAUCGGCACCUUUCAAUCUUAAAGCAUAUAAAGAAUACCUCAGUAUGGAAUAUCGGCGCAUUAGGCUAUACCUUACUGUGAAGGAUGUUCCAAGCAGCAGUAGCAGUAGCAGUAGUUCCAGUAGUCCUAGCAACAGCAGCAGUAACAGUAGCAGUAGCAGUAGUUCUGAGGAGGAGGAUGCCACACAAGUACACAGUGAGGAGGCAGACAAUAUAGGAAAUGAAGAUGAUGUGGAGACUGGCACUCCUACAGUUACUUUCAGGAAUACAAGUGAGGAUGUAAUGGCUGAUAGAGAUUUAUAUUUCCAUAGCGAUGAUUCAAGUUCAGCCAAUUUGACAGUCACUCAAAGUCUUUCAAUCCCAAGUGGAGUAAUGGAAAUAGAGGAGAAAAUAGAUUCGACAAUUGGGAAGAUUGUCCAAAGAACUUGUCAAUUACUAGAAGAUGAAGUGAACCCUGAAAAAAUUCUCAGGGUUUACAGUAGUGAAUACCUGGAGGGGCGCAAUAUGGAUACAGUGGAAAUUGAUACUGAUGAAACCACAACAUAUGAACGCACAGAACUUUUUAUAAGUAGAUUUACUGUGUGGGAAGAUGCGCUUGAGCAAUUACUGUCGAUAGACAACCUACGGUAUCCCUUGUAUGUUUCCUUUCACGGCGAGGAGGCCAUAGAUUAUGGUGGGCCAAGGCGAGAAUUUUUACAAAUCAUGGUCACCGAAACCAAAAACAGGCUCUUCAGAGAAGAAAAUGGUGUUGUCACCCUCCUGGAAGAUGAUUUUUUGUGCGCUUCACAACAGUAUUUUUUGGGUGGACUAAUUUGUGGACUUAGUAUGCUGCAAGGUGGACCGUGUCCAACCUUUGUGGAAUAUAUAUUAGACAAGGAAAGCAAACACCACAAACAGUUUAUGUCUGGACUAAGAAGGGUGGGGAUUAUACAGUUGAUGGAAAAACUCCCCACCCUGAGAAUGAUUUUCAAGGAGUCAAAUGCUAGCCUCACUUUCCCCAAGAUACAGAGGCUUCUUAAAGCAGAAUUCUCUGCACCUCAAUCUUCCAGGCGCAGAGAAGAAGAACAUGUGUAUGGGCAGUUUUUAAGAUAUCUGAGGGAAGUGGCAGCAGGUAGAAGAAAGAGUGUGACGUUAGGGCAUAUUCUAGCCUUCUGCACAGGUGCAAGGGAAAUCCCCUCACUGGGAUUUCCAAGUGACAUAACUCUGACAUUUUCAAUUGGAACAGAAUCCAUGUUGCCAACAGCCAGCACAUGUAUAAUGCAAAUGAAUUUAAAGAUUCCAGCUCUGGGAGUGGAGAGGCCCCCCCAGGAAUUCAUUUACAAUUUGUGGGACUUGGCUUUCUCAAACACCUUUUUUGGCCUUUGUUAAAAAGACAUAUAAAAUCAUGUUUUUGUUUGCUUCUUUGUAAGUGAGUUCAGGGUAUAUAAUAUGAAGAGCUCUUUUUUUGGAUGUUCUCUAAGGCUUUAGAUUGCUGUGUGCUAAUUCCAGCAUGCCAUAGCUGACAAACGUACUCAUGUGUUGGUGUGAGAUUGCUUUUAUAAAUUUGUAAGAGUUCAUAUCUCGGCACCCCAGCGUGUUUGACCAUGCAUGAGAAAUACAGUCUAGAGGCAGCUUUUGACAGAAUUUUUUUCUAUAUGUAAGUCCCAUUUCAAAUUAGAACUGAUAUGAACUCCCAGCAGUUUGGCAGGUGGAACUUGUUCGAUUUUUAUACCAUCAAUUAUUAGGUUAUCAGGUACAGUUGGUUCUUUACUGAAACAGAUAAACAGUUCAACAGUUUAUUUAGGAUUAGUUAGCAUGUUAUUUUGUUUUGUCCAUUCAUGUAGUUUCGAGGCUGCUAUGGGAAGUUUAGAUUGUGUAGGUUUGGCACCUUGUUCUAUUUCCCUUGGAGAUGGUUGGUGAACUGUCUCACAAACUGUAGUGUCAUCCACAUACUUUACU